AUGUCUCAAACUCCAACAGCAAAACGUAUUAAACUUGAGCCAAGUACUAGAGUACAAACAAUGGUAAAAAAGAACCGUCAAGAAGAUAAACAAGUUGUACAUUCUGGACAAUUUAUGAAAUCCCAUGUACACGAUAAUUGCAAUGAAUCUCUCUACGAUGUACCAUGUCCAAGUCCAAUUCCAGUUGACACAGUAGAAUUAAUGAGAACUCAAGGGUUACCACUCGCUGAAGCGCCACAAGAAACUGAUGUGAAGAAGAACGAAAUCAAUGAAAUGUUUACAAAUAUAUCUCAAUUUACAGCACAAUCGAAACAAUCCAUGAUCAACAGUUUAAAAGCAGAAUAUUUUAAAUGGAGACAAAAUUCAAAAACAACAUUAAGACGUUUAGAAAAUGAUAUCUCGAGUGAUGAAAUGAAACGUUUAUUGGGUAAAGUAAGCGAAACUCAUCAACCAAAAAUAAUACCAAAUUUUCGUCGUAUUGCUACACCGCCACCACAACCAUUUGAUUUUUGCUUUGAUGAUUUUGAUUUAAUUGAUGAUACUAUCUUCUCAACAACUAUGGGAUUUAAUGAUAGAGAUUCUGACUUUCCAUCUACAGGUUUGAGUGGAAACCCCGAUUUUUAUCAACCUGCCAUGGGUCGAAUGCAAAUGACAACAAAUUUUGAUUUUUCCCUAUUGGAUGGUUUUGAUGGACCAUUUUCAAACGAUCCAUUUAAUCUUGUUUCAAAAGAUAAUUUAUUAUUAAAUAAUUUUUCACAUUCACCGUACGUUUCCACAAAUGUUAUGAACAUACGAACAGAUCAUGAUCUAAGUAAUUUUCAAACACUUGCCACAGUGGCUGCUCAACGACAACCACUCUCUUCUGUAACAGUUCCCGAUCGAACACGAUUAAUGAUGCCACAAAAAAAUAUUUUAAAUCAUAGCACUUUGGUUAAUAGUACAAAUAGCGGUGUAAAUUCGGGUAUGUCAAUGGAUGGCACAUUAAACUCAAUGAAUAUGUACAAUGUCAGUUACCAACCACUAACUCAUCAAUCAUAUAAUUCAUAUACGUCGUCAUCAUUAUCAAAACAAUUGAAUAAAACAGUUGACAACAUUGGUCAGUUGACAACUAUUCCAUCGAUAACAAAUUUACAAAUGCCUACAAGUGUUUCACUAAAUCCUCAGCCAGUUCAAACUCAACAGUGUGCACCACAAAAUUCAUCGAGUUAUUCUGUUUCUUCUUCCACAAAUGUUCUUCAAUCAUUGCAUCAAAGUAAUGAUACUAUUCCAUUGCCAACUACAAAGCCUCCGUCUUCUACACUUGUUGAUCUUCUUUAUCAAAAACGUACAACACCAACAAAUUCUGUUGUAUCACAUUCAAACACAAAAGGCAUAAAAUCUAACACCAAUGUAAAAUCACGAAAAACAACGGCAAAGGCAACAAACACGAAACGAUUAUUAUCAGUUAAUGACAAAAACAGUAUCAACAGCAUACAGUAUCUUUCGACAUCCACGGACAAAGUCGAUAAAAAGAAAUUGAACAAUGAAUCACGAGCAAUAUCACACGAAAUAUCUUCUUCAAAUAAUAAUAGUAACAAUAAUAAUAAUAAUAGUAAUAAUAAUAAUAAUAAUAAUAAUAAUAAUAAUAAUAAUAAUAAUGAGCAUCUGAUGAUGACGAAAACAAUGUCAACAGCAAUGAAAAGUAAUAACAAUGAUGGCACAUUUAUGAACAAUCAAGAAUGUCCGCUUGAUUCGUCUCCAUCAUCGACAUGUUCAAGUUUAGCCUACCAAAAUGCUGAACAGAAACGACGAUGUAAUAUAAAGUACGGAUUUGAUUCGUUGAAAUCAUUGAUACCCGCACUUGCUGAUCCCGCAAACGCAAAAAUAAGUAAAGCACAAAUGCUGGAGUGCACUGCUAAUCAUAUUACACAAGUGUCUAAAAUUAAUGAAAAAAUGCACGAAGAAGCCAUAAGUCUUCAACGUGAAAUAAUUCAUUUACAAUCUCAGAUAACACAAUAUCAAGCUAGUUUACCCGAUGAUGGUAUACCAUUGGCACCUUCUCGUCGUUCACGAGAAGUAUGUUUUCAAUUAUUAAAUUCUUAUAUUAGUGAACGUACAAGAAAAAAUUGGCGUUUUUAUCCAUAUUCAUUAAUAUUAAAACCACUGUAUGAAUCGUUUCAUUCAACGGUAUCCUGUGAUUCACAAGAGGACCUUAAUAGAUCAAUAAAUGAUUGGAAAAAUACAUAUUUAAAUCUAUCACAAUUACGCACAGCUCCUGAUCGUGUGCCAGAAGAAUGUCUACGCUUAGCAAAUGAAAUUCAUUAA